UGAUGACCCGCGGCGCCGCCUUCAGCCCCUCGUACCGGUUCACGCUGAGCGACGGCACCGUGCUGAGCGCCCACACCAAGUGCAAGCUCUGCUACCCCUCCAGCCCCGAGCUGCAGCCCUUCAUCAUGGGCAUCCACGUCAUCGACAGGGAUCACGGGAUGCUCCCCCCUCAGGACGCCCCUUCCUCGGCCCUGCCGCGCCUCAGCCCCGCCAUCAGCACCCCCCCCGCGGGCUCUCCGGGGCUGCCUCCCCCCAUCCCCAACUCCAACGGCACCGGCGCCUUCGGAUGCUCCCCGGGAGGCCAAAUGGGAGCCGCGGGCCCCUUGAACCAAGGACAGGGAGCCAACCCCGCCCUGGGCAGCCCCGCCAUCGGCCCCUCCCAGCCGCCGCCGCCGCCGCAAUUCCUGUCCCCGCGCCACCGCCUCAGCCCCGGAGCCGUGCCCCGCGCCAGAGGGCCCCCCAACCCCUUCUCCCCCGCCGGGCACUCCCCGGUGGGCGGUGGGGGGGGCGGUGGGAGCGGUGCCCGCCCCUUCCCCGCCGGUCCCGGUCCCGGUCCCGGUCCCGGUCCCGGUCCCGGCGCCGUCAGCUCGGCGCUGCCCGAGGGGCCCGUGGGUUAUUCCACGCCACCACCGGCACCACCAGCAGCAGCGCUGAGGCAGCUGGGCGGCUCGCAGGGCUCCCCCGGCCGCCUGCCCGGCAAGGCUGAGCCCAGGGAGGGCAGGGAUGACGCCCCUGGGGACACCGAGGGCAAAGGGGCGGCGGAUCCGGGAGCGCCGCGCCUCGAUGGCGAUCCCAAGUGCCCACCGGGAUCGGGACCGGGAUCGGGACCGGGAUCGGCGCCCCACAAGCUGGUGCAGCUGCUGGCCAGCACGGCCGAGCAGCAGCUGCGGCUGGCCGAUGCCGACACCAGCUGCAAGGACCCGCUGGUGCUGGGAACCGGGAAUGCUGGAACCGCCGCCGGAUCCAUCGUCACCGGGACGUGCCCGUCCUCCCACAGCUCCCUGACGGAGCGGCACAAGAUCCUGCACCGGCUGCUGCAGGAGGGCAGCCCCUCCGACAUCAGCGCGCUGGGCAGCGCCGAGCACGACAAGAAGGAGGGCUCGGGCGUUCCCGGUGCUGCUCCCGUUCCCGGUGCUGCUCCCGUUCCCGCCGGUGCUCCCGGUGGUGCUCCCGGUGGCGAUGCCGAGGCGCUGAAGAAGAAGGAGGCCAAGGACCACCAGCUGCUGAGGUACCUGCUGGACAAGGACGAGAAGGAGCUCGGCCUGGACGAGGGGAAGGUGAAGGUGGAGAAGGCGGAGCCGGCGGAGCCCUGCGGGGCCGCGCCCGCCGCCGGCCCCGGGACAUCGGCGGUGCUGGGAGAGGAGGGCAAGGUGGACACCCAGGGGCAGUUCUCUGCCGAGCUGGAGCAGCUGGAUCAGCUCCUGCCCUCCCUGGAGAAGGCGCCGCAGCUGCCGGGAAUGUGCGAGCGGAGCGACGGCGGAAUGUCCGGAAUAUCCGGAAUAUCCGGAGUGUCCGGAGUGCCGGUGAAGCCGGAAUUGUUGGCCCCCCCGCUCCAGCCCAGCACGGCUGCCAGAGCUCCCUCGGGAAUGCCCCUUUUUUUCUCUUGCCCCCCCCCCCCCCCCUCAGGAAUUCCGGAGCUGGAUCUGGGAGUGCCAGAGUUCAUCCCGCCGGGAAUGCCGGAGCAGAUUCCCUGGAAUGACCCCGGGACCCGCGGAGCCCUCGGAAAACCCGACGAGCCGUGCCUGGGCUCCCAGCUGGACGAGCUGCUGUGCCCGCCCAGCACUCCGGAGGGUCGGAACGACGAGAAGGCGCUGCUGGAGCAGCUGGUCAGCUUCCUCAGCGGGAAGGACGAGACCGAGCUGGCCGAGAUCGACAGGGCCCUCGGCAUCGACAAACUCGUGCAGGGCGGGGGUCUGGAGGCCCUUUCCGAGCGUUUCCCGGCCCCUCCAGCUCCCCCCGCGCUGCUGCUGGAUCCCAAACCCGCCGGGCUGUACCCCCAGCCCUUCCCCUCGGCAUCCCCAUCCUCCUCCUCCUCCGCCAUUCCCGCCGCCUUUCCCGCCAUGGCGCGGCCCAAACCGCCCUUCGGAGCAGGAGGAGGAGGAGGAGGAGGAGGAGGAGGAGGAGGCGCUCCCGCCGUUCCCGCUCCGGCCGCUCCGCGCGCGGCGUUCCCGAAUUCCGGGGGGGCUCCCCCCCGGCAGGGCCUGAGCCGGCCCCCCCCGGCUCCCAACCAGCUCCGCCUGCAGCUCCAGCAGCGGCUCCAGGGCCAGCAGCAGCUGCUCCACCAGAACCGCCAGGCCCUCCUCAACCAGUUCGCCGCCGCCGCCGCCGCCAACGCCGGAUCCGCUCCCGUCGGGAUCAACCUGCGGGCCGGGAUGCAGCAGCAGAUGGCGCCACAGCUGGUCAGCUUCCUCAGCGGGAAGGACGAGACCGAGCUGGCCGAGAUCGACAGGGCCCUCGGCAUCGACAAACUCGUGCAGGUACAGCCAGGGAAUGGGAUUGGGAAUGAUGGGAAUGGGAUUGGGAUUGGGAUUGGGAUGGGAAUGUGGGAGGGAUGUGAGACCGAGCUGGCCGAGAUGGACAGGGCACUCGGCAUCGACAAACUCGUACAGGAAGAGGAGAAGGGAUGGGAUGGGAAAGAUGGGAAUGGGGAGAUGGGAAUGAUGGGAAUGUGGGAGGGAUGUGAGACCGAGCUGGCCGAGAUCGACAGGGCCCUCGGCAUCGACAAACUCGUACAG